CUCUCUCUAUAUAUACCUGCCCGAGCCCGCUGCAGCUUUGCUCGCUCCAACCAUCUCGAUCGAUCUCGCAGCUGUGAGCUCUCUUCUUCUCUGCUGCUCUGCGUCACGGUGCUGAGCUGAGCAUCGGCUCAUGAGAACUUGAUCCCGGCCGGGGUAAUCUAGCUAGGGUUCUUAUUAGGACAAGAAGAAACUGGCCGCCGGCUCGAUCUUGCUGGUAAAGAACUAGCUAGCCGAUCGAUCGAGAGGCAUCAGCAGCGAGAAGCCUUUCUCAGAUCGAUCGCCAUGGAUAGCAGCUGCAGCAGCUGGCUCCAUGGCUACAUCAACAACGCCGGCAACAACGGCUUCAUGUGCGGAUACGCUGCCGGCAGCUGCACCCCUGCCGAGCUGCAGUACAGGGAGGAGGAGGACGAGGAGCAGUUCCUCAGCAGCUCGCAGCAGAUUCAGCACCACCUGAACCAGAUCAGCAUGCGUAUGAACAUGGACGACGACGAGGCGUCGGUCUACGACGUGCCUUCCAGCGAUGGCGGCGGAGUUUCCCCGCCCAUGGGCGUGCACAACCACCCGAUCGGCGUCGAUGGCGGCCAUGGCCUCCUGAUCGACCCGCGCCACGCCGGCAGCUUCCCGUCCUCGUCCUCGUCCUCCUCGCCCUCGCUGCCCUCCGCAUCGCUCUCCUGCAGCCCCGAGAGCUCGGCGCACGUCCUCGGCACGCCGGCGGCGGCGGCGACUACCGCCUGCAGCCAGUACCUGGAGGUGUCCUCCCAGGUGCCGAUGCCACCCGCGGUUCCCUACGACCGCCACCAGUACGCCAACCUCCACGUCCCGGCGGCGGCGGCAAUGGCGCCGGAGCCGCCGGCCACCAACACCGGUGCGUUCAAGCGCUACGCGCGGCACCUCGGCCCCAAGAGGCCAACCAAGCCGGGCGCGUGCGGCCAGAGGAUGUUCAAGACGGCCAUGUCGGUGCUGUCCAAGAUGCACGCGGCGGCGAGGGACAGCGCUCAGCAGCAGUACUACUACCAGCAGGCGGCGGCCGCCGAGGCGGCGGCCGCCGAGGCGGCGGCGCCGCCGCCGUCGGUGAACCAGCUGCAGCACAUGUUCUCGGAGCGCAAGCGGCGGGAGAAGCUGAACGACAGCUUCCACGCCCUCAAGGCCGUCCUUCCCCCCGGAGCCAAGAAGGACAAGACUUCGAUACUGAUCAGGGCAAGGGAGUACUUGCGAUCUCUCGAGUCCAAGGUGGCCGAGCUCGAGGAGAAGAACAGGUUGCUCGAGUCCCGGCUGGCCCGCGGAGACGACAGCAGCGACGACGGCUCCCGCAAAGACGCCGCCGACUCCGGCGACGAGAAGGUGCAGGUCGAGAUAACCAGGGAGGCCAACAAGGAGGUGCGGGCGGCGGCGGCGGCGGGUGGCGAGCCACGUGACGACCUCUGCACGCUGAAGAUCGCGGUGAGCUCGCCGUGCAACAUGACGGACGUGGCGGUUCGGACGCUGCAGUGCCUGAAGGAACAGAUUGGCGAUGGCGUAAGCCUGGUGGCCAUGAGCACGAGCGGGGGCGCUGAAGCGAGCACCACGUCCGCACGAGCUGACCUGACUUUGCAGAUCAAGUCGCCGCCGGGGUGGGAGGAGCAGCCGGUCAAGGACGCCGUGGCCAAGGUCGUCGCCGACGCGCUGACGCCGCCGCCGUGAUGAACAGCAGCAACGAACAACGCCGCCGUACCAGCCCAUGCCGCAGCUAAGCGCUCCCGGCUUCGGCGAGGCUUCGUUACGUUCUGACCAUCUGAUUGCAUUGAACUCCGGCCCGUCAUCGUCAUCACCCAGUAUAAUAAUCCGCUCGUGCAUGCGGCGAGCACACACGGUGGUACCCCCAUCAAUGCAAGCAACAGGCAGCGGCCUCCGCCGCUAACUGAUCGAUCGAGACGACCCGUUCGUUCGUCGGUGAGACGUACGUGACGCCGACCUGACACACCAAAAGCCGGUCACUAGGAGAUAGAGGAGGUCAUCGGUGGAGGAGAGUUUGUGCCAUCAACAACUCAAUGUAAUUAAGAUUAUCAUAUAUAUAUAUAUA